AUGAGAUACAUGAUUGCUCUCUCACUACUUAUUCUUUCAAUUAUCAGCGCAGAAAGUGAAUUAGACACAUUUUUAGAAGAUAAUAUUCAGAAAGAUGAUAGCAUUGAUGCAAUUAUCAGUCAGCUCGAAAUAGCGCAAGGAUAUUCUAAUGGUAAUUCAAUAUUUUUAACUGUUUUGAGUUCAGAUGAAGAUGAAGAAAUCAAGACAGGAGACGAGUUAGGAAUAAGAGCAGGAGGUGAGCCCCCUCUGAAAACAGGUGAAAAAGCUGGCAAUACAAUUGUAGCAUCUACAAAGAUGAGAUUUAAAAUACCUGAUAUGAACGCAUAA